AUGUACGAAAUAUAUUUAUUUGCAACACAACACGACUUUGAUGUGUCGGUUAGAAUACUUCAAUCUGUCUCUGCUGUGAAUUCGUUAUAUUUUGAGACAAUCAAAGAAUUCAAUAUAGUACAAGAGAAUGGUGAAAGUGUAUUAGAAAUUAUUUGUUACAUCGACAGAUUAAUUGGUGACUAUUUUACAGUUCCCAUUACACUCGAUGUUAUUCGUUAUUUUUGUUCCGAUUUAGUGGAAGUGGUGAAUUUAGUUGAAACGUUGAAAGAUCAUCUUCAACACGAAUACAACGUUCCAUUCCCUUACUUAUUUAGUGAACUUUCUGUCGCUAUCCAAAGUGAUACCUCAUCACCAAUUCCGGUCAUGAAAGUUUCAUUCUUUGGGUUUGUCCUUCCACAUAUAAUAAACAGUGUUAAAAAUGUACAAGGGCUCUCUCCAUACCUACCACUUGAGUUUCAAACGACCGGCAUAGAGUAUUCCGAUAUCACAACGAAAGUGGAAAUCAAUUCACUUACAAUGUUUAUCCACAAAUUGAUAUUCCAGUCAUUUCCUUCUAACACAACAAGUGCACCACAACCAGAUAUAGCAAAAAUCCCUUCACAUUUGGUGCAAUAUAUCAAUUGCCUUCCACUCCAAUUUAUCGAAAAGUUGUGUAAGAGGAGACUGCCCACUUUUUCAAAAAUAGUGUCGACAAUGCAAGUCGAUGAGUUCUUUGUUAAUUGUACAACUUUUAAACAUUGUUUGGUGACUCAAGUGAAUGACAUUUUCUCUGUGUUUUCACGUCAGAAUUGUAGUAUCAUUGAUGGAGGGACGUAUGGUGCCGUGUUCAACGUUUCUAUCAACGACAAAUUUUAUGCCGUCAAGGAGUUUGCAAAGGAACAUGUAGCUAUGAAAGAGGCGCGCACUCUCAAUUUGUGUAAACACCCAAACAUAGUCACUAUAUACCAAUUUAUUGAAGCACCAAAUUCUGUGCUCCACACGUUCAAUUCAACACUCCCAUUACUUAAUAAUAGAUCGUAUUACAUCGUCAUGGAAUGCUCUGCGUAUGGCUCAUUGACUAACGUCUUAGAGAAAAAUCCCAAUGGACUUUCACUUGAAAUUAUUCAACAAUUUACCAUUGAUAUCAAUAACGCACUGAAGUAUCUUCUUUACGAGAAAAGGCUUGUGCAUCGAGACAUUAAAUCGAGAAAUAUAUUAGUAUUUACAGACCCAAAUAAAGCAUGUGGCUUGUCUUUAAAACUGUGCGACUUUGGAUUUGCUCGAUACGUUGGAGAUAACCAUUUUGACACAAUGGUAGUGGGUACGUCUUAUAUCAAUCAACCAGAAAUAAAGCAGAAUCAAAUAUACAAUGAUUCAUGUGAUUUGUUUAGUGUGGGUGUUGUGCUCUUUGAAAUGAUUACGUCAAAUAGUUUAUAUGUAGUUACAUGUCCCGAUGAAAAUGUCAAUGAGACUUACAAGACUUAUAGAGAAGCUCUUGAUUUACUCAAACCAAACUCUAAAUACUUGGCUACUCAAAACAAUUCAUACACUUUACUUGUGCAACUCAUUUAUUCGAUAUUCCAACCCCAACAAGAACGAAUCGGAUGGGAAGAAUACUUCAACCACAUGUUCUUCUCGCACAAAUUGAAUUGA